AAAUAUCUUAGUAUUUCACUCUCUCACCAUUACCAUCUUCAUCAUUCAUUUCCUCUCACUCAACCCAACAAUGGAGUUUCAUCACAAUCAAAAAAAAAAUUCAGCACAAGACUUUCAAAACCCUAACAAUGGCGGAAAAAAUAAUAUGUUCACUACCCAAGAACCUAACCAGUUCUUUGCUGAUGAUUUUGAUAGUAAUUGUUCUACCCCUUAUGUUUCUGCGCCGUCUAGCCCGGGCCGGAGUAAUUCAGCCGGAGCCAUUAACGGCGGUUUCUUUUAUAGUUGUCCAGCAAGUCCAAUGCAUUUUGCUAUAACUACAGCUAAAACUUACUCAGUUUCAGCUGUUUCUUCACCUGAUCAUGGUCGUGGCCAUGGUUAUGAGUUUGAGUUCUCUGCUAGACACGGGUCUACCGGGUUAGGUCAAUCUGGGCCGUCAAUGAGCUCGGCGGAUGAGUUGUUCUUGAACGGUCAGAUCCGUCCGAUGAAGCUGUCUUCACAUUUGGAAAGACCUCAAGUUCUUGCUCCUUUAAUGGAUCUUGAAAAUGAGGAAGAAGACAACAACGAUAACAGCGACGACAAUAGUACGGAAAUCAAGAACGAGGGUUCAAGAUUUGGUAAACGAGGACGAGAUCUAAGAAUGCGGGAUAAAUCUUUGAGGAGAAGAACUAGAUCUCUGUCUCCUUUAAGAAGUACUAGUUCGUAUGAAUUCGACGAAGACGAAAAAGAAAUCAAGAAAAUCAAUGAGAUUUCUGAUUUGGAAGAAGAAAAUGUUACCAUCAAGAACAAUCUUGAAGAGGAAGUAACAACUGGUCCGUGUUCCGGAUCAUCUUCGCGAUCUUCAUCAGCUGGUCGGAACUCGAAAAGAUGGGUUUUCUUGAAAGAUUUUCUCUACAGAAGUAAGAGUGAAGGGCGUAGUAACAACAAAUUCUGGUCCAACAUUUCAUUUUCACCAGCAAAAGAGAAAAACAAACCCAUCAACACUACUGCAACGCCUUCAAAGGGUAAUAAUUUCUGUUUGGAUAGUCAGAAAAUGAAAGCAAAUUCUGGGCAUCAAAGUUCAAGCAAGAAACCAGUGAAUGGAUUAGGAAAAAAAAGGGUACCAACUUCACCUCAUGAGUUGCAUUAUAAAGCUAGUAAAGCUCAAGCUGAGGAGAUGAGGAAGAAGACUUUUUUGCCUUACAGACAAGGGUUAUUGGGUUGCUUAGGGUUUAGCUCUAAAGGUUAUGGUGCCAUGAAUGGAUUUGCUAGAGCUUUGAAUCCAGUUUCAUCAAGGUAAAACUUAACUAAAUCCUUCAUUAUUAAGUAAACAAAAUUGUACAGAUCUCAUAUUAUUAGUAUAAUUAUUAUAGUUUAGUGUAUUUUUAUGUUGUGAUUUAUCUUUUGUGUAUUUAUCAUUGGAUUGUAUUCUCUUUUUUGUUCAUGAAAAGAGAAUUUAUUUCUAAUCCAUGUAAUUUUUGUACUCUUCUCAUAGGGUUUCUUGUUUUUAA